UUUGUUUAAUAAAAGAAGAAAAAAUACUUCUUUGGUGACAAGUUACCAAGGUCGAAUCAUUUAUCCGAGUCGUGACUCGCUACCGCUUUUUGCUUGAUCUUUCUGUCUGUUUCUGGAAUCUGCCAAUCAUGAAAAUCCACAUGCAAAAAAUUAAAAUGUUGUUUCUUUUUUCUUCUUUUGUUAUACUAUGAGGCAUUAUCUUAUUGCUUGCGUACUUCCUUUCUUAUUGCCUUACUCUGUAUUAGCUGAUAAAAGCACACAACAGUAUUUGACAGAAGGCAACCAUUUUUUAACAAGUGGCCAAUUUAAUCAUGCACUUACUAGUUUUGAUGCUGCUAUUCGCAAUGAACCUGAUAAUUACUUGACUUAUUUUAAAAGAGCCACUGCCUAUCUUUCUUUAGGACGUCAUAGUGCCGCAGCGGACGAUUUUACGACUCUACUUGCAUUAAAACCAGAUUUCGAGAAAGCUUUAUUGGAAAGAGCAGGCAUCUACUUGAAACAAGGCAAUUAUGAUCUAGCCAUGCAAGAUCUCGAGAAAUAUAUGUCUAAAUCAAAAGAGAAGAAAGCAAAAACCAUGCUUGAAUCUACAAAAAAAGCACAGCAGGAAUUGAAAAAAGCAAAAAUAGAAAAAGAAAAGGGUCGAUUUGAAUCAUGUAUUUCACUUGCAACAUCUGUAUCUCGAAUUUCGCCGUUACUGGCUAAUGCACGAUUAUUAAGAGCUCAGUGUCAUGUUGCGCUAGGCGAAAUGGAUGAAGCUGCUGGUGAUUUUGCCCGAGUGGUACAAUUAAAUCCGAACGAUCCUACCUUGUUGAUCUUGCUCACUAAAAUCAACUUUUAUUCUCUUUUUGAACCCCAAGCUGCACUUGUGCACAUCAAACAAUGUCUUCAUUACGACCCUGAACACAAACAAUGUAAAGCACUCUUCAAGAAAAUAAAAAAACUAGACAAAGAUAUUCAAGCGAUUGAGAAAGAGAUUGAACUCAAGAAAUUUGCAACAGCUUCUAAUCGUUUGGUGGGUACACCCAGUCGGCAAGGCAUACUGAGUCAGAUUGAUGCUGAUAUGGACCUGUUGGAGAAACAAGAUGUGUUUACGCAUCGUUUACCGAGAAAAUUACAUGCUAAAUGCUAUCAUUUGGCAUGCACACUGUAUGGCAAACAAAACGAAAAUGAAGACAAGAUAGGAACAUGGUGUUCAAAAGCAUUGUCAUUACAAGAAGACGAUGUAGAUGCACUGGUGUAUCGAGCACAAGUAUACCUGAGCCGCAAAGACUAUGAAGCAGCUGUACGUGAUUUAGAAAAGGCAAAUCAAGUGGCUGAAGAAGGCAGUCUUUAUCGUGUUCGACAAUUGUUACAACAAGCUCAACAGAAACACAAAUUAUCAAAAAAGAGAGACUAUUAUAAGUUGUUGGAUGUGUCACCCCAUGCUGAUAGUCGGGAGAUUAAGAAAGCGUAUCGUAAAAAAGCACAUGAAUGGCAUCCUGAUAAAUACAGUGGGGAACUUGAUAAAGAACAAGUGGAGCGAAAAAUGGCUGAAAUCAACCAAGCUUAUGAAGUUUUAAGUGAUCCUGACAAGAGACAACAGUAUGAUAAUGGAUUCGAUCCUUAUGAUCCUGAGCAAGGAAACAGUCCAUUUGGAGGAAACACGGGUGGUUUCUCUUUCCAUGAAGGAGGAUUUCCUUUUUCAAAUGGUUUCCCAUUUGGUGGUGGUGGUUUUCCUGGUGGAGCUGAAUUCAAGAUGCAUUUUCAACAUUAAAUGAUUGUUGUCAAAUAAAGUUGUUUGAUGAAACAUGAAUAUGGCUGAAAUAGCUUUUCUUAUUGUUUCAUGUUGUCUUAUGUAACAAGACAACAUUUAAUAUAAUCUUAAUGGCCAUUCAAUGCCAGUUAACGGAUGAUCUAGAAAAUGACCUUUCAACUUUAUUAUGC